AUGCUCAACUUACUUUGCAUUGUCCUCGCGAACUUCUCCGUCCUCGCGUCGCCAACGUGCGGGCCAACCGACGAACCGACCGUAGGCUGGGUGCAGCACGGUGGUGAUUUCUCCAAGUGUGACAAUCAAGGUCCCGACCAGCUCUCCCGUGUCGCGAAUGUCCUCGCCUGUGAGGCCAUGGCGGUUAGCAGGGGCGACGUCUACUUCAACUUCAAUUUUCAAAUGACAGGGGCCGGUGACUACAAAUGCUUCACGUCAAAUGCCUGCCCAGGACGGGAUGCCACGGCCUAUGGGCAGACGCAAGUGAUCACUCCAAACUUAGACGCCUUUGCGAAGAGGUCACUCACCUUUGAGCGUGCAUAUGUCCAGUUCUCCCAUUGUUCGCCCUCACGAUCAAGCUUCAUGACAGGGCGCACGCCACAGCAAACUCAAGUCUACAACUUCGUCUCCUCCUUCAGAACGGUUGGCCGGGAUUGGGUGACCCUUCCGCAGUACUUCAAGGACAACGGGUACUACGUGGCGGGUGGUGGAAAGCUCUUUCAUCCAGACAGCAGUGGUCCUCCCCUAAACAACGACCAACCUUUGAGCUGGGACAGCUACUACUUCCCCAACGACCCAGAGGAUAAGAAGUAUGCAUGCAAUGAGUCCACCCAGCUCUACUUUGGGGUGUGUCCCUCCGAGGAAAGCGCUGACUCCUUCUUUGACGCGCAGCUUGCGGCGGCGGCGAUGGAUGAGCUCGUUGUCGCAAGGGAUAGCGGGAAGCAUUGGUUCCUUGGCGUCGGCUUCGAACGCCCCCACAGACCGUGGAACACGCCUCGAGAGUUCUACGACCUCUACCCGAACAGCGGCAAUGCUCCUACGGAUAUCGCCCUCGACUAA